AACGGGAUCAGCACCGAGCAUCUCCGUGUCCGACGAAAUCCUUUUAAUGAUACACUGCGUGACUGCCUCGACUGUCAGAGAUAUCUACAUCACUUACUCAUUGCUCCGCAGUGCUACGUUACGGCACUUCUAUGCCCAACCGUAAAUGUGACUGCAAUGGCGACGUGCCGGAGCGGAACACACCGGCGAGAACUCGAGACUUGGUGGAACGACGAAUUGUCCGCUUCGGGCAACCGAACGUCUUUUACCUUUAUUGGCCAGAAUUUCUAUCAUGACCUUGCAUGAUUUUCUGACGAGCAUCGAGAAGACCAAGUAGUCACUUGCUUCUUCCUCGUUGCCAAACAUAAAUCAUCCUUCGCAGAACGAUGACGGGCCAGGGCACUACUCACGAUGGUCACGUGGUGCAGCCAGACAUCAGCGUCAACCAUCUUAGCUACAAGUUUCCCGACGGCUCGUUAGGCCUGUCGAACAUCACUCUCGAUCUCCCAGCCGGCAGUCGUACCCUCUUAAUAGGAGCAAACGGAGCGGGAAAAACGACACUGCUCCGACUUCUCUCUGGUAAAAGACUGGCACCGGCCGAAGCAAUCCGAAUAGGCGGGGUUGACCCCUUCUCUGCCGGACUGGAAGGCGUCACAUACCUCGGACUGGAGUGGGUAUUGAACCCUAUUGUGCGGACAGAUAUCGCUGUACCGAUCCUGCUCGAUUCUGUUGGCGGGACGUUCUACCCCGAGCGUCGGGACGAGCUUGUCAGAAUCCUCGACAUUGACCUCCGAUGGCGCAUGCACGCUGUCAGUGAUGGGGAAAGACGCCGAGUGCAGCUCGCCAUGGGCUUGAUCCGACCAUGGGAUGUGCUCCUGUUGGACGAAAUCACUGUCGACCUGGAUCUGUUGAGCCGAAGUAAUUUCUUGUACUGGCUGAGAGCCGAGACGGAACGGCGAGGUGCCACGAUUGUCUACGCCACGCACAUCCUGGAUAAUCUGGUCGGUUGGCCAACGCACCUCGCCCACAUGCAUUUGGGCAAAGUGAAGGAAUGGGGACCUAUGGCACAAUUCGACGCCGUGACAGACUCGUACAACAAUACCGGCAACAGCAAGCUUGGGGAGCUGGUCCUGAAAUGGUUGAGAGACGACUUGAGGGAGCGAGGCCCGCGCAAUGGGACAGGGGAGGUCAAGACGUAUGAGUCGCACGAGGGGAAAGGCGGCUACGGACAAGAAAAGAAAGAUGAUGAAGUGGCAUCCAAGGCGAACACUGCGUACGAAUAUUGAGGUGGGAGUGGUUGGCAUUCUCGUCGAUAUGAUUUGAUUCCCGUCGGAUCUUCAACAAGAUCUAUGAGCAUACAUGCAUUGACGGCGCUGUGGUGGAAAAGGGAAAUCUGGUUUUAACACCAUGCCUUUUGACUAGAAAGGGCACUGAUGAGUCGUGCUGAUCGAAUAGAAUACUUUUAUUCAUCCUUCCGGCUUCGCCAG